AUGAGCUGGUCGGGAUUCAAGAAAUCAGUAAAUCGAGCUGGCACGACGCUCCUUCAAAAGACCGGACAGAUAGAGAGAACUGUCGACAGAGAAUUCGCCGACGAGGAGGCCAAAUACCGGACAUUUGAGAAGGAAUGUCAGGUACUUCAGAAAGAUAGCAAAGGCUACUGGGAUGCUAUGAGAGCGAUGACAGCUGCGCAGGCUCGUAUAGCGGAAACGUUGGAGACCUUCUAUGGGGCGGCUGACCGUACAUCUGACGGUGCAAUGGCUGGUCAUGCUUACAAACGGUCGGUCGAGGAUCUAGACGGAAGCUUUGGUCGGGAACUCGAUGUUCCGUAUCGAACGGCAAUUUCAGAACCCUUGGGGAAAAUGUGUGCAUACUUCCCUGUCGUGAACGAGCAUAUUGCCAAGCGUAACAAGAAGUUGUUAGAUUACGAUGCUGCCAGAAGUCGACUUAGGAAACUAAUCGACAAACCCAGUGAAGACCCUACAAAAUUGCCGAAAGCGCAACAAGAGCAUGACGAAGCGAAAGAAGUUUUCGACAUGCUCAAUGACCAGUUGAUUGCCGAACUCCCACAGCUGCUUGACCUGCGCGUACCGUACUUUGACCCCAGUUUCGAAGCCAUGAUACGAAUGCAGUCCAAAUUCGCCGAGGAAGGUUAUGAGAAGUUGAGCGGUGUCCAACGUUAUUUUGCGGAUAGCGUCAGAGAUGAUUACGCAGCCGGUCAGCUGGAUGCUCAGGUUGAAGGUGUACUCCAAGAAAUGCGAGAGUUGUCAAUAUGCGGCGCAUAG